AUGGCUCUGUUAAAGAGGUAUUAUUGCGCCGAGACGGUGGACGGCGACACGGAAUGUUUUGUCGAAGACGGGUUCUGGUACACAGAGAAAGGCAUCAUCAUCAAAUGGAUCGUCUUCGCCCUCUUUUUCAUCAUAUUCUUUGGCUGGUUUGUCGGCGGUCGUAUCCACGCAAAGAGACGGUUACGAAAGGGUCUACCGCUGCUGUCGUAUCACCGCUUCCUAAUCUCCUACUCUGAACGCCAACGCCACGGUCAAGUGCCCCAAAACCACUUCACCUUCUAUCAAACACAAAAUCCCUAUGCUCCCAACAACGGUGCAAAUCCCCAGUACACGCAGCGUCAAGACGGCGCAUGGUCGGAACCCCCGCCACUGUACCAAAACAACGAUGCGCCGCCGCAGUAUUUCGCACCACAGGGCCCUGCAAAGACGACUCCGAACCAGUACGCCAUGGAAAUGGGACAGUAUGGCGGACCACCAGUGGCACCAGGACCCCAGCAGAGUGGGGUGGUAGGUGGUGGUGCUCCUGCGACGUCGGACGUUGAGCAAGGACAAGCAUCAUCCCAGCAAUUGCCGCCCCGACCUGCUCAAGCAAGAAUCUUGGGCGUCCUCGGCCGAUUUAGGCGGUAG